AUGGGUCUGGCCAUCAGCUUCAUGACGCGCGUCAACAUCUCUGUGGCCAUCGUCGACAUGGUCAACGAGACGGCGCUCGAAGAACGCGCUCUCAGAUCCAGCGACGCCUUUCACUUCGGUGCGGCGGUCAGCAGUAGAGACGACCCAGAUGUGUGUCCAGGAAGGCUGGUGCUGAAGAAUCAAGCUGGUGGCAGGAACGGGGAGUUCGCGUGGGACAAGCAGAAGCAGGGGGAGAUCCUGGCGGCGUUCUACUACGGCUACGCGGCGGGUCACAUACCUGGUGGGCUUCUGGCUGACCGUUUCGGCGGCAGGAUCGUCUUCGGGAUCGGCAUAUUCCUCUCGUCCCUCCUCACCGUCCUCACACCGAUUUCGGCGUGGACCGACGCCUAUCUUCUGUUCGCCAACAGGGUUGGACAAGGAUUUACGCAGGCAUGGAUGUACGUCGGCGUCAUCGCGUCGAUGGCGCUGACGGGUGCCAUGUGCGAGAUGGCCGGCGGCUGGCCGCUCGCCUUCUAUUCCUUUGGCGCCGUCGGCCUGCUCUGGUGCAUCCCCUGGUUCCUGCUGGUCGCCGACUCGCCGGCCAAGCAUCCAAGCAUCGACCCUGCCGAGCGCUGCUACAUCGAGGCCUACAUCCUGCCCAUCAACAAGGAAAGCGACGAGCUUGCUCCGCAGCUGUUUCUCAUGUUCACGGAAGAGACAUUCUCCACCGUGCGUGUCGUUACGUUGCAGAAGCGACUUCCCGUGCCGUGGAAGAGCGUGCUGACGACCCCGGCGCUGUGGGCCCUCAUCGCCAUCAUGGUGAUCUUCGACUGGACCUUCUAUAUCUACAUCUCCUCACUGCCCCUCUACCUCGCCAGUGUCCUCCACUUCGAUAUGCAAAGUAACGGCUUUCUGUCGGCCGCGCCCCACGUUAUAAGUGCGGGCGGCAGUCUGUUCUUCGGAUGGCUCACCGAUUUUGUGUUCCGGAAGGGCUACAUAUCCAAACUUCACGGAUUUCGCAUUAUAAACGGAAUGGGUACUCUGGUGCCGACAGCGACGCUGAUCGUGGUCUCGCAGGUGGGCUGCAACGCGCCUGUGAUCGUGACUGUGCUGGCAAUCAACGGCUUCUUCAUGUCCACCCACUGCUCGGGGCCCUACAUGAACAUGCAUGUCAUCGCACCCAACUACUCCGGGACGGUUGUCGGCAUUGUCAACACAUUCGCCAACCUGACAGGGAUCGUCGUCCCGUAUAUUGUCGGCGCCUUCACCAGCGCCAAUCAAACACGGGCAGGCUGGAACAACGUGUUCUACGUGACUGUGGCACUGUCAGUGGUGGCAUACCUGGUGUAUGCUAUCUUCACAUCAGCGGAGGCUCAACCUUGGAACGAUCCACCCUCAGAGAAAACAGCUGAAGUGAAAGGCCAGGAUGGUAUUGAUAAUAUAACAUUCAACAGCGAGGAUGUGCACCAUGGACGACUGCGAUCCUUUGACACAUAG